AUGGAUAUUCCAAAAAUGAGCAGCCUUGUAGAAAAAAAGAGAUCUAGAUAUAGGUCCAAAGAAGAAUGUGAAACUAGAAUAGCCUAUAGGAAAUCUAUUAGAUUUACCAAACAUAGGUCUAAGCAAGAUCUUGCUAUGAUUAAGCGUUACAGAUGUGGUAACUUUGGGCAUAUUGCUCCAAAUUGUAAGCUUCAAAAGCUUAAAUCUUUAGGUCUUACUAAUGAUGUGCAUGAUCAAGUUUAUGGUUUAUUAUAUACCUCAGGUUCAGAAUCUGAUUAUAGUGCUGAAUUUGAAUCAGAAAAUGAUAUUGAGUUGCCUGAUUUAUCUGAUAGUGAUAAUGCUAAUUAUUGUUCUGAUUGCCAAGGUGAUAACUGCAUUUGUGAUGAUGCAUUUUAUAAUUUGCAAUCCUAA